AUACUACUCUAUAUGAUUACAUAAAGUUCAUUAAUGGAAUGAGAUUUUCACUUCUAUGCUCUGUGGCAGUUUAAAAGUUUUUCCUGAUGCCAGAGCACUCACUGUUACAGUAGUCUGUAGACUGAAAUAUCACCCAUGUGCUGUUUAGAUUAUGGGCAUACUCUGCAAAACACAGCAUGAAUAUAGCAUGAAUAUUUUAAUUUGUAGUUUUUCUACAUAGAAAUCACUUCCAUGCCAAAAAAUAUCCUAAUUUAAAUAUCUGCUCUGUACUCUGUCAGUGUCUGGCGUAAAGGGCACUUUGAUUAACAUGAGUGUGCACUGAACACAGUGUUACAGCAGUCUGGUGUAAAUGGGGAUUAAGAGGAGCUCUGUUUGAGAUUUAUGUACAGAUGAGGAGAUGAGAAAGCUGGACAGACUGAAGGACUAAAGCUCUGCUGCAUCACUCUCUUUAGGAAGACAUGAAGCAAAAAUCUCACUGACAUCGAAUGGCAUUGGAUGUUUUUAUUUGUGACUCUCCUGAUCCUCUACGGCUUUAUGGAAUCUCAAUCAGAGCGAUUAAAGGUUUUUGGUCCAGAAGGUCCUCUUGAUGCUGUAGCUGGUGAAGAUCUGGUUCUGCCAUGUUUUAUCAAACCCAGCACGAGCGCUGUGGACAUGACAGUGGAGUGGAUGAGACUAGAGGAAGUGGCUUCAUUAGUGCAUCUCUAUAAAGAUCAGAAAGAGAAAAAUGAAAAGCAGGCUCAGCCCUACAAAGGAAGAACAUCACUGUUUAAAGAGGAGCUACAGAAAGGCAACGCUUCACUCAAACUCUCAGCUCUCCGAGUCUCUGAUGAAGGAGAAUAUAAGUGUCUCAUUGAAGACAAGUCCUGGUAUGAUGACAUCACUGUUCACAUCACUGUUAAGGUUCUGGGAAGCCACCCAGUGAUCACGAUGGAGAGUUAUGAUAACUCAGGAGGGAUUAAUCUAGUGUGUGAGUCCAGAGGCUGGAAUCCUGAACCUGAGGUUCUGUGGAUGGACAGAGAAGGAGCCACUCUGCCUGCUGAAGCUACACAGAUACACAGAGACACCGAGGGCUUCAUUGUGAAACGCCACGUCACUGUUUAUGAUUAUAGCGACUCCAACAGAUUUUACUGCAGACUUCAACAAAAACAUCACAUGAUGGAGGCAGAGGUCAUCAUUAAUAGUAAAGUCUUUGGUGUUUGGAAGUGGGUUGUCGGCAUUUCAGUUUCAGCAUGUGUUAUUGCUGUCGGAUUGAUAGUAACUGCGGUUAUCUGUUACAAGAAAGUCUCAGGGCUUCAGAAGGAGAAGAGAUACGCAGAGUUGAUAAAGAAGAAGUUGUUUGCAGUGGAUGUGACUCUGGAUCCUGAUACAGCUCAUCCCAAUCUCAUCCUGUCUGCUGAUGAAAAACAAGUGACGUGUGGAGACACAGAACAGGAUCUCCCUGAUACACCACAGAGGUUUACUUCUUAUUCCUGUGUUGUGGGAAAGGAGAGUUUCUCCUCAGGGAGAUUUUAUUAUGAGGUGCAGGUCAGAGGGAAAACUGCAUGGGUAUUAGGAGUCGUGAGAGAGAACAUUAACAGGAAGGAGUGGAUUCCAUGGAAACCUCAGAGUGGAUUCUGGACUGUGGAACUGAGGAAUGAGAAUCAGUACUGGGCUCGUGCUGAUGUUCGCCUCACACUGCGAGAGAAGGUGGAGAAGGUGGGGGUGUUUGUGGAUUAUGAGGAGGGUCUGGUCUCCUUUUAUGAUGUGAAGUCCAGCUCUCAUAUCUACUCUUUCACUGCUCAGUUUUUCACUGAGAAACUCUAUCCUUUCUUCAGUCCUUGUUUAAAUGAAGGAGGUAAAAAUUCAGCGCCACUGAUCGUCUCUCCUGUAUUUAACACUGAAUGAAUUUUCACCUCACACAUUUAAUCAUCUAUUAAAUGGUGAGAAUAAAAAGAAAUAUUUUACUUUUUUGGUGAAUUUUAGAAAUACAUAUUUCCUUUUAAAGUGCUGUACAGUUUAUUUUAAUACCUGGGGUUUGUUUUUAAUUUUAAUCCUACAGUCUGUUUUUUUACACAUUAUGAUUGUGGAACUUUGUCAUUACAAAUCAAAUAUUAAUAAAGAUCAUUUACAGUUCACACUGAGUUUUACUGCAGAAUUGAAUCUGAUCAAUAAAAUGGAUUAAGUUCAGCUGCUGAUGUCUGUGUAGAUACAACCGAACAAAACUGUUUCUCCUUCAACCUCCAUCAAACACAAAUACAAUCAAAUUCAUCUUUUAUUUAGAAAUAAAAAUGUCAGGGUUAUUCUGUUCUUAAAAAAAGAAAGAAAUGAAUG